GUGUUCAUGACAGUUAAAUAAUCACCAGAGCCUGGCUGAUCAAUCAGGUUUUCCGCUCUAAUCACAUCUGAGCAGGAUCGAUGCUGCAACAUUAAAACGCAGAACUGAUGCUGUGCAGGUGAUGAAUGUGAAGCGACCCUGCAGACACACCUGUGUGUGUGUGUGUGUGUUCAUAUGGUUGUUGUCGCAGCACAAACAGGCACAUUUUUCCUGCUUUUCGCCUCGCUGCUUCAGUCAUGAGUCAUCGCGAGCAGACGACAGCCGCUCCUGCCGCUGCGCGUCUGCGGGACUGCGCCGCCUGAUAGGGCGGAGGAGCAGCCAGAAAAAACAAAAACCAAAGCGCAGUUCAUUCACAGAGAAGCCGGCGGUGGUUAUUUUUAGGGGGAGGAGGUGACAGGCAGCAGACGCCUUAGCAAAUAUUCCCAUAUCGCUUCGCUCCACCUUGAAUUAACGCAGGAUGUCAGCGUAGAGCCGUGCGUAAAGGCUGCGUGCGGCGCCGCGGGACGAGGCGACGCUUCACAGGCAGCUUCACCUCUUUUCCACUGUGCUCACUGCAAACGACGCCGCAUUUCCUGAACAGACGUUUGGUGGAGCGGAUCUUAUCGUUGGUGCUGCUCCGUUUGGACACAUUUGGGGGGUUUAUUGUUAUUUACUGUGAGCGCGGACACCGAGCGGGCUGUCUCCAUCAGGUGCAGAGCAGAGAGAGAGCAUCGCAUCCGCCCAGCAGAGGUAAGACAGACAGAAAACACGACGACCGGCGGCGACACAACACCGUUCAGCAGCGCCGUAACGAACACACACACACACACACACACACACACACAUAUCCAGAAACAUCGAUCACACCUGAGCCGGUGCGCCACUGGACCAACAGUUCAUCCCAUAAUCAUCUUAAAUGUAGAUUAAAUGUAGAGCCUGUUUCAUUAAAUAUGUUUUUCUGAUCUCCUCUCGUAUCUGCAGCCCCCACUGCGCUCCUCACACUGGAGAAAAGCUCGAUCAGUGAUGUCAGUGAGUCCACCAUAUGGACCCCGCCGUACAGUACGGUGGGUCCUGAGGUGCUCCUGUGUUCCGGGCCAUGACCACCUCGCAGGCCGAGGCUCUGCUGUGGUCUGUCCGUCAUGUUUCUCCUCCCCGCAGGAGUGUGAGACACAAUCAGACUAAAUUCCUACAGUGUCUCCGUUUAUGGAUUUCCACGGUGCUUGCUCAUAUUUUAAAUCUCACAUAUUAUUGUAUUCACGAAGGCCCGUUAUUCCUGCUGUGCGGACGUUUCUCCUCAGUCUUCCGUGUUGAUCCUGCCUGGUUGUGGGUUCAUGGCCCUCAGUGGAGAUGGCGAAGGCAGACCAGCGUUUCGGCCAGCGGGACGGCUCCGACCAGAACUUUGACUACAUGUUCAAACUGCUGAUCAUCGGUAACAGCAGCGUCGGGAAAACGUCCUUCCUGUUUCGCUACGCCGACGACUCCUUCAGCAACUCUUUUGUCAGCACCGUGGGCAUCGACUUCAAGGUGAAGACGGUGUAUCGCAAUGACAAGAGGAUCAAGCUGCAGAUCUGGGACACGGCGGGACAGGAGCGUUACCGCACCAUCACCACAGCCUACUACCGCGGCGCCAUGGGCUUCAUCCUCAUGUAUGACAUCACCAACGAGGAGUCCUUCAACGCCGUCCAGGACUGGGCCACUCAGAUAAAGACGUACUCCUGGGACAACGCACAGGUGAUCAUGGUGGGCAACAAGUGUGACAUGGACGAGGAGAGAGUCGUACCUCCAGAGAAAGGAAAACACCUGGCCGACCAGUUAGGCUUUGAGUAUUACGAGGCGAGUGCCAAGGAGAACAUCAACGUGCGGCAGGUCUUCGAGCGCCUGGUGGACAUCAUCUGUGUGAAGAUGUCAGAGCGCGUGGACGUGGAGGCGCCGGCGGCUCCCGGCACCAAGACCACCAGACUGACCGAUAAGCCCGCUCAGCUACCUCAGAAGUGCUGCUGA